UGGUUACGCCCAAGCGGUUUACUGUCACGUGUCCGUCUUAGUUUAAUGAUGAGUGCUCUGUGACUAAAAUACAAAAAACAAAAAAAAAAAUGAAACUGUUGUCCAUAUUUAUCAUAUUCCUCUGGCUGAGGACCAGUGUUAAAGGAGAUUGUGUGAUGCGAGAAGUAUGCGGCAUCUUCGGAGGAUUCAAGAAAUCUUGCUAUUAUAAUGGACCAGCUUUACCAGUUUUAGACGGACUAACACCCGAAGUACGCAACUCAACUCUUGAAAUAAUAGAAAGAAGAUGCCCGUUCCUUUUAUACGAUGAGAAUGACAAUAGGUUACCCGACGACCAAGUGCUGGCGUGCUGCGACAGUGCGCAGCUUGUGGGCAUGGUUGAGGGUCUCCUGAUAGCUGAUGGCGUGCUUGGCCGCUGCCCAACCUGCAUGCGCAACUUUCAGCGGCAAAUCUGCGAAAUGAACUGUUCGCCGGACCAAGCACGAUUCGUAGAAGUGGAUACAACGACAGAAUCGGGCGUGAGGUAUGUUAGUGAAGUGUACUACAGGGUGUACAACGACUUUAUGAUCGACGCACACGCUUCUUGCGCCGGAGUGAUAGUUCCACAAACUGGUAUGCCUGCUAUCAACAUGAUGUGCGGCGAUGCUCCUGUCUGUGAUGCUGACGCUUUUUUCGGUUUCACCGGUGAUACUUCUUCCAACCCUCUCGCGCCCGUUCAAGUAAAUUUCUUACGCUGGCCGACUCCGGAAGACUCGAUGAAUGCUCGUGCCCCUCCGUGCAAUGAAACCAAUUUCGAUGAUUUCCCAUGCAGCUGCGUUGACUGUUCAAACGUGUGUCCCAGUGGCAAUGAGCCGUAUGUUCCUGAAAUGUGCACAGUGGUCUCAUUGAACUGCGCAGCUUUUUCUACGGGACUGAUAGUUUUAAUAAUAACCGUGGGCAUAUUCACUUUUCUAACAGUAAAAGAGGCCAAGAAAAUGAGACAAUCUACAAUCCAAGAUAGACCUAAGCCACUACAGCCGAAAAAACCAAAGUUGAAUAUGAUGCAACUUAUGUUCCAAAAGAUAUUUUCAAAAGUAGGUGCCUUUUCAGCUAACAACGCGAUUUUAACUAUUAUGCUGACUUCGUGGCUUGCUUUUGCUGCCUUGUUCGGUGUGUUCCAAUUAAAUCUUACAGCAAAUCCGUUAGAGCUGUGGUCCUCUCCAGAUUCUAUAAGCAGAGCUGAUUUUAACUAUUUCAAUUCUAGAUUUGGUCCAUUUUAUAGAACUGCUCAAGUUUACAUGCAGAUGAAGGGAUUAGAUUCCUUUGUGUUCAACAAUGUGACAUAUGGGCCAGCAUUUAGAUUGGAAGCUAUUGAAGAAUUAGUAAAAUUAGAAGACGCUAUUUUGAAUAUCGGCAGGGACAAUGGCGGAGUGAAGUUAGAGGAAGUGUGUUUUGCGCCAUUACGCCUUCGCGGUGGGGAACAGUUGCUUGACCAGUGCACGCUCAUGUCAGUAUCAGUAUACCUAGGAAGUAGUCGCAACAACAUAAAUAACCAAACAUAUUUAAAUCAAAUUACUGGUUGUAUAAACAACUUUUACGGGCUUGACUGCUUGGCAUCUUGGGGAGGUGGUUCAGAACCAGAAAUAACAUUUGGAGGUUUUGAUGGCGAUGACAUAUUCAGUGCAGAUACUUUGUUAAUAAAUAUACCCGUAUCUAAUCAUCUUUUGCAAGCCGAUUUGGAACCCGCACUGGAAUGGGAAAACAGUUUUUUGGAAUUAAUGCACGAAUAUGCUGCUAACGGUAAACCACAUUUUGUAGAUGUAUCUUACGCUGCGGAAAGAUCUAUAGAAGAUGAGAUCGAACGAGUCUCCGUUUCAGAAGCCGUGCCCAUUGCUAUCAGUUAUGUGCUUAUGUUCGUGUACGUAACUAUUUCUCUGGGUAAUAUCAGAUAUUGCAGGACGUGGUUUGUUGACAGCAAAAUAACGGUAGCUCUAGGAAGUAUCACGGUGGAAAUCAUAGCCAUUCUUUGUGCCGUGGGCACAAUGGGAUAUGCCGGUAUAACAUUAACGUUGUUAGCAAUUAAUGUGAUUCCAUUCUUUGUAUUAUCCGUUGGUAUUGACAACGUGUUUUUAAUGGUCAAUACAAUUCAUAGCAUUGAGAGCAAUUUAAAAUCUUAUGAUGAUUACAAACCUGAUAUGAAUCUAGAACAAAAGAGAAUAUAUGUCUUUUCGAAAAUGAUGGGCAAAGUAGGACCAUCUAUGUUUGUUGCCUCUGUUACCCAAGUAACGUGCUUUGGUGUAGGUGCUCUUGCUAAUUUCCCGGCUGUAGUUACGUUUUCAGUAUUUGCCUGUAUAUCCUUGGGAUUUCUGUUUGUGUUCCAAAUAACAACUGUCGUCGCUAUAUUGUCUUUAGACUAUAAACGAACAUCCCAGAAUAGGUUUGAUAUUUUUUGUUGUAUUCAGAAAAAGAUUCUUGAUGAUGAAAAUCCUCUCACGUCCGAAUCUCCUCGCAUGAGUCUUACGCAAAAAUUAAUGGAACCAUAUGCCAAGUUCCUUCUUAACUGGAAAGUGAAAAUCUUUGUUGUCGUUGUUUUCAUCGCUAUGUUAGUUGCCAGCAUUUUCCUCAUCCCAAAAAUAGAUAUAGGUCUAGACCAAGAAAUGGCUUUGCCGCAGGAUUCAUACGUAUACAAAUACUUACAGUCCGUAAGUGAGCUCCUCCGCCUCGGUCCGCCAGUAUACUUCGUUCUUAAAAGCGGCUUAAACUUUACCAACACAGAACAUCAAAAUAUUAUUUGUGGUGGUCAAUUAUGCCACGAAGAUUCUCUAAUUAUUCAAAUAUUUUUAGCAGCGCAACAUGAAGAAAUCACUUAUAUCUCUAGAAGUUCUAAUUCGUGGAUAGACGAUUAUUUCGACUGGUCUAGUCUACAGGGUGCAUGCUGCAAGUACAAUGUCACAGACGAAAGUUUCUGUCAAAGUUCAGAUAUGUCUCCUGAAUGUGUAGAUUGCGUAAUCGAAAGAGAUGAAUCUGCUCGGGGGCUGCGGAUGUCCGCCGAGGCAUUCACUCGUUACCUUCCGUUUUUCUUACAAGAUACUCCUACUGAAACAUGUAGUAAAGGAGGGUUAGCCAGUUAUUUUAACGGUGUUAAUUAUGUUUUAGACUCAGAGGGUAGGGCCACCGUCCAUGACUCCCAUUUCAUGGCAUACCACUCUCCGUUGUCCACGUCUCAAGACUACAUCACAGCGGUUCGAUACGGGUACGAAGUGAGCCAUAACAUUACCGCUACCAUAAAGGAGCGCACGAAUUUAGAUGUUGAGGUCGUCCCUUACUCCGUUUUCUACGUUUUCUAUCAUCAGUAUUUGACUAUGUGGAGGGAUACGUUCACUUCGAUCGGUUAUUGUCUAAUCGGAGCGAUGGUAUUCAAUCUCAUAGCUUCAGGUUUUAAUCUGUUAACCACGUUCGCUGUGAUGUGCACCACGGUUAUGGUGGUAGUUAACAUGAUGGGCGUUAUGUAUAUUUGGAGCAUUCCUCUUAAUGCUGUGUCAACCGUCAAUUUGAUUGUCUCCAUCGGCAUUGCUGUAGAGUUUUGUUCUCAUUUGGCAUAUUCGUAUGCUACUAGUCCGGUGCCCAGAGAGGACAGGGUAGAAGACGCCCUCAAAGCUGUUGGAGCGACGAUUAUAACUGGUAUAACCUUUACCAAUAUACCAGUUGUUGUCCUAGCGUUCUCCUACACCGAAAUUAUUGAGGUAUUCUUCUUUAGGAUGUUCUUUAGUUUAGUCGUUGUAGGCUUUUUACAUGGAAUGAUAUUCUUCCCAGUGUUAUUAAGUUAUUUAACGAAUUUAAGAUCAAAAUAACUUCUGAGUGCAGGCAUAGCAAUCUAAAUAAUUUUGACUUGUGCAAUGUAUGGAAAAAGACGCAUUUUCAUUGUAAUUUUAUAAUUAGAAUUACCUAAGCCUGAUGAAGAAAAGGAUAAUUAUGUAUACCUAUUAAUAGGUAACCGAUAUUAAGUAGAUCUUACGUAUAAUGACAAUUCGGUACCUACGUCCUGUCUAAAGUUUGGUAAACAUGUAAAGAUUUGAAAAACUGUACUGACUGUACCUAAGUUAAGUUGUAAAUAAAUGUAAUUAUAUAAUAA